AUGGGCGGCGACCACAAGUGUCCUCUCUGUUCAGCCACAUUCACUCGACCCCAGCACGUCGGCCGGCAUCUUCGAGCGCAUACCGGCGACAGACCUUAUGCCUGUAAAGAGUGUCCUCUCAAGUUUGCUCGAAGCGAUCUCUUAUCCCGUCAUGUCAAUAAGGCCCAUCGCUCGCCUGAUGUUGGUCCGGUCGACAAGAAGACUUCAAAGAAGGGAAGACGCAAGUCGGUACCUGCAUCUGCGCACUCCAGUCUAGAGCGAGAUAAGAUCAUUGCAGAGCAGCAGCAACAGCAGCAGCAGCAAGAUUAUCAGCGUCAGCAGGCCUUGCAGCAACAGCAGCAAGCGCAUGCGCAACAGCAACAGCAAGCUGCUCGUGAACGAUCACGAAGCGAGAGCCACGUCAUCCAACAACCCCAACUUCAAGCCCAACGCAUGUACCCGCAUCACCCCCUCCUCGCUGUCCAUCCCGUGCCUCCCGCUCAACCUGGUGUACCGCAAGAGUCGUGGAACGCCAACCCGAGCGGGUCCGUGGGUACGUUCGGGAUGAUGACCAUGUCGCCUCAACCCACAUACGGCCCGAGCGUGGGCAGACCGAUGCCUGUCAACCCGCCGGUGCAUAGUGCCACAUACCCUCUCCAGCCAUCUUUCGACCCGCCCUUCACCGCGCAGCCGCUCAAAAUGUCAGGGUCUAUGGAUCAGCAUAACCCUUCCCAAAGCAUGUACGAGUGGGAUACGAAGAAGAGGGCAUGUGAUCAGUGCAAUCACUCGAAAGUGCGAUGCGACUUUGCCGACCCAUGCCUCCGAUGCAAACAACGCAACCUUACUUGCUCAUACCGCAAGCCUCAACGACCUUCCUCAUGCAUGGGUCCGCCCUUGCCUCCUGCGCAAGUGGCGCCGGUCCCCAGCAGCAGCCCGUCGAACAUGUCCAUCUCGCCUCACAGCAGUAAUCAGCCGUCUCCGCAGUUUACCCAAAUGCAGAUGCCGAGUAUCGCCCCGACAGAGCCGGUCGUCUAUCGUAAACCGUCAGUGUCGUCUUUACCCCCCAAUUUGGGGAAUGUACCGAAUCCGAACCCGUCACCUGUCAUGUCGCAUGGCCCUGCACACGCUAUCGGCGGCUGGGGCUCUUUCCCGCAAACGACAGUGGGAGGUACGUGGCCUUCGAAUAUGGUAGCGCAACAGUCUCUGUCGUUCGCGGACAACACUGCUCCUGGGAGUAUUACGGGUCAGGCAUUCGAAACCUCUCCCAACUCGCUCGACGUGCCUCUUCCUGCUCCGGCGUCUCCUAUACCUCCCAACGCGAACGCGAGCGGCAAGAUCUCACCGGGUCGUAUGGGACUGUUGCAAACGCCGUCGUUGGUGAGCAAUACGGAUAGCCCUUCAGAGAUGGAUGAACCCGUCGAAAGACGGGGAAGCCAUAACUCUGCAAUCAGUGCGGCGUCUAGUUCUGCUCCUGCGCCGUUCUGGACAAAGGGUAAAGGCCCAGAGGGUACACUCGGUUUCCAGCCGAAUAUGCCCAACAUUCACACACAUCAAGAUAUCUCUCCGUCGCAUUCGCAAUCCCAGCUGCCGUUCCUCGCAGGCUCGGGCUCGCAGCUGAACGACCCCCAGGGGCAGCAGCAAUGGCAUAUGCGGGACAGCUUUUCCGGGAGCGACGAUACGAGCUCCAUCCUGUCUUCUUCAGUAACGUCGAGCUGCAUGUUUGACCCUAACUCCUCUGUAUCUGGUGCAAGCGCCGGGCAUCAACCGGGCCACGCCAGGAGGAGGUCGAGCCAGACUGCCUGGGCGCACGCUUUGGAGCAGAUGACGCUUGGGGAGUCGCAAAAGCAGGCUCUCGCCGCGAGCAUGCGCGAAGGCAGCGAGUCAGCCGUUUCGGCCCAUUCAGAGCUGUCGCCUGAAGGCGGUAGACAGCCUGCUCAGCUCCAGCCGGAGGGACAGCAGAUCAUGCCGACAUUGUCAGAUGUCAAGGAUCUGUGGAAAGUGUUCAUGUCAGAACCUAUGGACCUUACUGGGCUUGCGCCUGUGGCGGAAGGCGAUGGGUCUGGGAUGGACUUGGACCAUACACACGAGAUCACCCCGAGGCCAGGGCUGGGCAAGAGGACGCUGUCAAAGUCCAACUCGAUGCCAGACUUGCAGUCGCCCAUGAUCAACGGCCCCAACUUCUUCUCCACCUUCUUAAACGGCCUGACGCCGAAAGCGAGUGAAGCGCAUGCGUCGCAGUCUUACAUUGGGGUGCAGGUGCCUUCGGAGCAAGGGCACGGACAGGGUCCGCAAGAAGGUGGUGGGAGUAUCCCGGAUAUUGGGAGUUGGAAAGAUCAGAUCCAGCAGAGGCAGUCGUCCUUCUCUCUCGGUGCGCCUGGUUCUCGCCUUGGCAAGAGCAAGUUGAAGGGCAGCCAGAGCGCUUUGCCUCUCGAUACCGCUGUGCCACCGCCGAGCCGACCGUUGCCGAGCGUCGUACAGCGUACAGCACUCGACCAGACGCUCGCGCCAGAGAGGAUACCCAGCUUUGGCCUCACACCGGGUCUGGAAAUGUCUACCAACCCUCAUCUCGCAUCCAAACUCUUGCAAUCUACCACUCCAGCUCUUACAGGCGCCGCUGGACUGACAUCGGCCGAAGCCCAGGCGGGGAGCAAGCGCAUGGCGAGUUCAUCAUUGGCGAAUGAGCAUGGCAAGCGUGCGAGUUUCUCGGUGUGGGGAGAAGAGGAGCCGGUAGCGGGGGAUGAGGAUGUGCAGGAUCCGGCGACUGGGGAGCCCUUAUACGCGGGCGCGAGGGAUAAAGUGCCGUUGGCGGGGCAGCAGCAGGGUUUGGUGCAAGGUUGGGCGGCUGCUUAG